AUGGCUUCCAAAACUCUUGCCAUUGUUCUCCUCUUCAACAUCAUCUGCUUCACUGCAGUUAACGCUACAGGUUGUCCCAAUGCCGGAAAUUUAGUUACGGUGUGUGCAGAUUUGUUGAAUGGAGUGGUCAAGGUUUCUCUGCCAGCAGGAACCGAAUGUUGCACACUUCUCAAAGGCAUUGUGGACGCAAAUGCAGCAGUUUGUCUUUGUACCGCUGUUAAAGCUAAUAUCGGAAGCCUUCUUCCCUUGUUGAACAUUCCCCUAGCUGUCAGCCUUACACUCAAUGCUUGUGGUGUUCCAUCGGGUAUUCCAUGCCUCUAA